GGACGUUGUUUCCAAGCAACACCGAUCGUGCAAAACAGCGUAUGGAGCCGUUUUUGAAGAAAACAUUUCAGUAAAUGAUGCAUCGAGCAUACCAGCCGUUGACACCAGCUAAUAAUAUUUACUUGAGGCAAAGAUGGGAUCAGGAGUUCUACGAAGAACACAGGAAAAAGAUUUCCUUAGCCAAGUCGGUAAUAGACAACAAUCCACCAAAGACUUACAUGCAUCUUCACAUCAAACUUAAGAAAUUACAGAUGGAGGGCGAGAGACUAGCUAUUGUGGAGAGAGACAAUCGAAUAUUACUAGAAAAAAUGGCGCACAUCAUGAGAACGGGCGGAAGAGUGGAUAACCGGAAGGAGGAUUAUAAGCAAAAAAGCCUCAAUAAAACCAAGAGACAACGAGAACUCCUGCGAAUAACCCACGAGAACUUUGCUAUUUUGAAAAGAUUAACCGCCAAGGAACCUCACUACCAUCAUAUGCGAUGGCAGGAUGAGUGGAACAUCAAUCAAAGAUAUAUGAUGAACAUUUCAAAGUUUCCUCACUACUGGAAGAACAAACAUCUUGUCCCAUACGAGGUUCAUAAAGAGAAAAUAGCAGAUGCCAACAGGCGUAUCAGGAAUCGGCAAGAACAACACAUAAACAACAAAGGAUCUAGGCCCGAUGCCAGUGGAUCUAAGGGAAGUGUCCGUGUUUCCAAUCAUUCGGGUCAUUCUGGACUUCAGAGCCCCCAAAUCUGUGUUCAAUCCCCCUCAUCCCCCCAUGUUGAAGACUGCAUCGUUAAAGAAAUCAGUUAAAAACUAGGACAUCUU